AUGGUAACAGACCUACCAGGAAAAUUGAACCCACACACUGCCCUAACCAGCACCAACCACACAGAGACAACGCCUACAGACAUGCUAUCAGCGAUAGAUAAUUCUAAUCACACAGAGGCUAUGUCUACAAAAACCCUAUUAGCAACAGAUAAUGCUGACCACAGGGAGGCAAUGCCUAUAAAUAUACCACCAGAAAUAGACCCUAUCGAAAUACAAGAAGAACCCUUUACAACC